AUGAGAGGCACCCCUGAUGAGGAUGAACUGUCAUCGUCCACCCACAAGAAAAAUGGCGCUACCAAUAGGCGCGUGGGAAAAGUCCAGCGGAUGAAACGACGCUUUACGCAGCAAGCGACUUCUUCGAGUGGUGGUACCGCCAAGCGAGAAAUCGUCGUUGACGGCUCUGUGGAAGAUCGCAAACUCCAACUCAAGCGCAGUUUGACGGCCGAUGCAACCAUUGAACGCAGGGUCAAUGACACGAAUAAAUUGGACUUAUCGGAAAAAGAGAAUAAUAAUGACGAACAGCCCAACCACCACACACCGACCGAAUGGAGACGAGGCGCCAUGGUGGGGACUCUGGAAACCAAUCGACGAGUGACACUGAUCCGAGAACGCUUCAGCAGCAGUCGCAGCAUUUUUGGACCGGACGAUGAUCCCAUCAUGGCCGUCUCGCCAAUGGGCAGACGGGGCAAACUGUUGACGGCGCGAGAAGAAAUCGAGUUUGCCCGGCUCAUGGACACGGAAAAAACAUUCAACGAGGCGUUUCUCACCGUGGGAGGCUCGGGUAUGGACUGUCGUCAAACCGGAAAAGGCAGCAUCUUUGUCAUGGGCGAUGCCAAAUUGGGACAGACCAAAGUGAUUCAGACACGGCUCAACAAGGCGGCACGGAUUGUUCAACGCUUUGUUCGAUACUCGGUCGCCAUUCUCAGUGUUCACAAGGCACACUUUAAAUACUGGAAAGACGAACAAGCCGAUAUUGAACGGCGACGAGUAGAAGAGUUGGAAGACGUCGAACGAAUGAAGGCCAUCCAGAAACAUCUCUUUAUGAUUGAGCUAGAGAGAGAAUACGAGGAAACACUAGAAGAAGAACUGGAAUCCAAGCAAAAAGUAUUGAGAGAAUACGAACAAGAAUUGGCAACCGAGAAACAAGAACAUGACAUUUUGGCAAAAUUGAUUCGCCAAACAACCCUGGAGAAUUGCCUCUUGGAACUCCAGUUGAAAGAUCCCGAACAGGCAGACAAGGCCGGGGCCCUUCAGCAAAGGAUUUCCAUCAUUCAGUCUCAAAAGGAUAUCUACACAUUGGCAUUGGAUCAGUACCAGGACAUGAGAAAGGCACUCAAGAAGCGAAUCAAAUUGGUCAUUCGAGAGACCGACUUGGAACAGAUCCUUCUUGGAAUCGUGAAAAGGUACAUCAAACUCAUCACUGAUCUUUUGAAAGACAAGACGGACGAUCCAGAAAUUCGAGCGGAACUCAAGAAUAUCAAAAAACAACUGAAAGAGAUCAAAGUUCAGAUCAUGGCGAAGCACAACGAGCGAAUGGGAUGGAAAACAGACGACAACAAUAAUAAUAAUAAUGAUAGCGCAGAUGCUAAAGCCAACGCGGAAGCUCGAGCCAAGGAGGAAGCUGAGAAGCGUCGAUUGGAGGCAGAGGAGAGACGGAAGCAGGCAAUAGCCGAGCGUCGCAGAUUGGAUGCAGCCUAUGAGAGGCUUCAAAAGGAGGAAGAAGAACGGCAAAGAGCUGAAUUCGCUAAAAUUCGAAGUCAAGUAGAAGAAAAGAAACGAGCUAAAGCCGAGGUGGAAAGACGUCGAAAAGAGGAGGAAGAAAGGCAAAAGGCCGAAGAGGAAAGACGUCGAAAACAGGAGGAAGAAGAGAGGCAAAAGGCUGAGGAAGAAGGGAGUCAAAAAUCCAAAGCCGAGCAGGAGGGGAGCUUGAAUCUGACAGACUCCAUGACUGCUCUGGAUGUGGGGGGCGAGCGUCGCAGAUUGGAUGCAGCCUAUGAGAGGCUUCAAAAGGAGGAAGAAGAACGGCAAAGAGCUGAAUUUGCUAAAAUUCGAAGUGAAGUGGAAGAAAAGAAACGAGCAAAAGCCGAGGCGGAAAGACGUCGAAAAGAGGAGGAAGAAAGGCAAAAGGCCGAAGCCGGGCAGGAGGGGAGCUUGAAUCUGACAGACUCCAUGACUGCUCUGGAUGUGGGGGGCGAUCCUACGGGAUCAAACGACAGCAACGCAUUGGGUACGCAGGAAACUGAUAAUGAAGGCAGCUUAGUGUUAUCAGAGUCUCUGACUGGUUUGAGAGAUGCGAGCGCCUCCUCGAUGGACCGAAACAGCAGCAAGGGCGAGGUGGAGGCAGCUCCAGGUGCAGAGGAUUCAGAGCUGAGUUUGGAGGAUCUCAUGCAGGAUCCUACAGGGUCGAAGAAAAAGUCAAAGAAGAAGAAGACCAAAAGAGGGUCCUCCAUUCUGGAAUCCAACUCGAAACUCUUCUCAUUAACGGAGGAGCCCAGCGAUUCUCCCAGUAGAAGAAAGACAACAAAGUCGAAAGGAAAAUCGAAGGAAGGAUCUUCCUCGACUCUCUUCUCGUUGAGCGAGGAAUCCGACAGCAACAAUGAUGUGUCCAGUGGCAAAACAAAAAAAUCCAAAAAAGCAUCUAAAAGAGGGUCGUCGCUCCUGGAAUCGUCCUCGGGGGCGCUUUUCGCAGUGAUCGAAGAUUCCAAUGCUCCCCGUGGCAAAACGACAACAAAACCCAAGCGUGCGUCCCAGAGAGCGUCUAUGCUGCAAUCCUCCUCGGCACUCUUCUCGUUGAUUGAGGAGCCCAAGGCUUCCGACGACGACGAGAAACCGGCCGAUUCUAAGUGGGAGUCCAUGAUGGAAUCUUUUGUAAAUCAUGACUCUGGUGACAAUGGCCCUUCACCUCUUGCCAAAAAUAGGUCUACUAGGAGAAAGCCGAAGAAAUCCUCCAUGAUGGAAUCUUCUUCGGCGCUAUUCUUUUUGAUAGAGGAAGAGUUGGAGGAUGAUGGCACCCCGGGAAAGAAGAAGACCAAGAAGAAGACGGGUCGGUCUUCUGGUAUGGACCAAAGUGCCCCUGAUUUCGGUUCACGAUAUGGUAUGGACGACAGUUACGCUGACUAUGGUUCAUCGGAUGGUAUGGACCAUAGUGCUCCUGCUCAUCUUAGUAGUGGACGUCGCAGAAACAAGAAGACUGGUAGGAGAAGAAUGAGCAGCAUGGAUCAGAGCGCCCCUGAACAUACUCGUAGCAGAAUGGUGGAUGAAAGUGGCAGCGACGACGGUUCACCAGAUGACAUGGACCGUAGUGCUCCUGCUCAGCUUAGUAGUGAACGUCGCAGAAACAAGAAGUCUGGUAGGAGAAGAAGGAGCAGCAUGGACCAAAGCGCCCCUGAACAUAGUCAUCGCAGAAUGGCGGAUACUGACAGUGACAACGGUUCACCAGAUGACAUGGACCACAGUGCUCCUGCUCAUCUUAGUAGUGGGCGUCGAACAAACAAGAAGGCUGGUAUGAGACGAAUGAGUACCAUGGAUGAAAGUGUCCCUGAACUUGGCCGUCGCAAGAGGGACGGCAGGAGGAGAAGAAUGAGUAUUGACUAA